AGCGCUAAUUCGAAGCUUGUGCAGCGAAGCGAGUCAUGAACUGCAACGUGCAUAGCAAGUUUCAAAAUGUCCACGGUUGUCGAUCCUUUGCUUUCUACGGUCACUCUGGAUUUACUGAGGCCUAAGGACGCCAUCAUGGAUACAGAGGAACAUUUUAGAAAGCUGUGGUUCGAUGUAGACAGCUUGAGCUUUUCCACGUUCAGUGCAAAGUGGGAACCUUUGGAAGAAAACAGCAUUUUUGACUCGGAGAGUUCGAUAGACUCCGAUUACGAGCUCAACUACGGCGACAAAUUUCUGUACGCGGAUGACUCUGUCGACGAGAAAUUCAAGGAGACUUCUUUGUUCUGUGAUUUACCAUACGGGGAAAUACCACUGCAGCUGCAAAUAACAAAUAACGAGAUACUAUCUAGCGACGAGCGGGCGCAACAUCAGACCGAAAACAUGGUCCCUUCUAGCCAAGCGCUGGAUGUGGAAAUGACAACGGUUACAGCUGAGCAGGUCGCGGCAAGCCGAGCCACCGAAAGCACCCAGACCGACGAGAAUAUAGUUAUUUUGCCUGCAGUGGCUAUAAAAACGGAGGGGAACGUUGCAAAGGUGGUUGCGAGCCCAGCGAAAAUGAAAGCUUUGGAAUCGAGCUCUGCGAUUAAUGCUAAGGCAAACACGAAUUCAUUAAAGGGAGCUGGAGUAAACUCAUCCGGUGUAAAGGAGGCAGGAAACGCUGCCGCAUUAGCGCAGAAGGGAAAACGAGCUCUGGCAAGAACACACAAAUGUACAUUUGAAGGCUGCAAUAAGUCGUACACUAAAAGCUCGCAUCUAAAGGCGCAUCAAAGGACACAUACCGGUGAAAAACCGUAUCAAUGUAACUGGAAAGAUUGUCUGUGGAGGUUUGCUAGAUCGGACGAACUAACGCGACAUUAUCGCAAGCAUACAGGUAUAAAACCAUUCAAGUGUCCGACCUGUGACCGUAGCUUCUCGCGCUCCGAUCAUUUGUCGUUGCAUAUGAAAAGACAUUACUAACAAAAUUGAACAAAAUUAUUGUAUAUUUAUCCGCGACCUAGGAUUAAAGUGCAAACUCGCAUUGUAUUAUCUUGCCCUCUGAUCUAUCAAAACUCGUUUUGAUUAAACCGUUUCCUGGUUCUCAGACGGGUAACAAGUCUUUGCAUUCAAUUGAAAAACAUGGAAGCAUAGAAUAGAAUAUCUAAUAAAAAAAACCUUGAUAGGUAAUGUAUGUAGGAAUUUUUUUUUUGUAUGAAGAGACUAAAUUGUAAAUUGACCUAUUGCCGGUUAUAUCGACCGGUGGAUGCAGAAUUUGCCCAAGGGCCCAAGAUGUAUAUAAAUUAGGAGUAUUUUUAUUUUGCUCGAACGAGCGAAUUGUUGUUCUGAAUAAACCUUCAGAACUUGGAAAA